AUGGGCACGCAGGAAUAUGGUGGCGUCUCUAAGAAGUGCACAAAAGCCUGCAACCGAUGCCGGUUGAUGAAGAGGUUUGACCAAGUCAUAUCACUUACGCGUGUCAGCUACCUCCGAGAAUUGGAGCGCAGAAGUCAAACCUUUGCCAACAGUGGUUUGACCCCCAAUUCCGAGCAACCUCAGGUGGGAUCUGGGAGCUAUGGCGAUGUUGAUGGUGCCGCGUCAUUGUCUCGAGGUCCGAACCCUCCUUUAGCUCCUACUUCGCCGCUCACAAGCCCUGGUGCAGGGCACGAAGGUGUCGAUGAGGAGCCUCCAUAUGGCGGUGGACAGACACCAUCAGCAUCCGGAUCAGGGUUUCGACAGAACCCUUUGGUAGACUACGAUCUCACUUUCGCUAAGGCUGCUGGAAAGUUCUGGUAUAUGGGACCCUCUUCAUCAUGGUCAUUUUGUCGUCGAGUAUUUGCCUUCAUAGGCCAGAGAAUACCCGAGGCAAACAGUCCUCCCGACCCUUGGAACUUCGAUGGUGUUGUCUUUGCUAUGCAUUGGGUGCCACUUCCAAAGGAUGAGUGCCCAGACGUUUCCAACUUGCCACCACUCGACUACGCACUAUUCCUCUAUAAUAUGGCAAAGUUCUACUUAGGUGGCCAUCUCAUGUUUCUUAUCGAUGAAGCGAGGUACUUGAAAAAUCUCCGGGAGUUAUACGAAAAUCCAGUCGCUAAAGCAAGCACUUGUCGAAACUGGUAUGCCCAGUACUUAUUAAUUCUUGCAUUUGGUAAAGCGUUCGCAAGCACUAGUAGCUCACAACACGGCCCCGCCGGUCAUCAAUACGCAUUGAGAGCCAUGAGGUUACUUCCGAACAUGUCUAUCCCAAACUCUGAUGCAAUGCUCGGGGUCCCAGCACUUGCCCUGGCAGCAGUCUACUUGCAAUCGGUUGACAUGAGAGUCGCUGCGUACCAGCUUAUUGGUCAAGCCCUCAGGAUAUGCAUCAUUGAAGGAGUACACCGUUACAUGCCAGAAGACGAGGUGGGCAGUGAGCACUCACGACGCUCCAAUACUAUCUUCUGGGUGGUUUAUAUCCUGGAUCGGGAAUUUUCGGCCCUGCUCGGGGCACCAAGUUCAAUCCGAGACGAGGACAUAACAGCUAAGCCUAUCAAGCAAUGGGACAACUCUGUUGAGGCAUUGAAUAUGGCUUUACACGUACGAUUAUCUAGACUCAGGACGGAAAUCAUGAACACUGUCUAUGGUGUUGGGCAAUCGCGUGAAGGUUCACUCAUUACUAAUACACAGUCGGUACUUCGCAGUCUGGCAAAGAUACUGGAAGAUAUGAACGGACUGCUUGAUGGCCAUUCCCAAACCUCGGUGAACAAGGCUUCAAGGGCGGCUCUUCGACUCAUUCUUGGUCAUCACCACUGUGUCAUACUCUCAACACGCCCACUAGUCAUGUGUGCCCUGAAUAUUCAGCUCGAUCGAAGGCAAAGGCGGGAUUGCCAUGAUAUCUCAUUGUCGCCACCAGUAGCUUCACUUAUACAAACGUGUGUCGAUUCAGCCCAGGUUAUCCUGCGAACAUUACGGAUAUUAGGCGAAGAAGACCUUUUGGAAGGGUUUCUCCCGUUCCAGAUCGAAGACGCCUUCUCGUCAGCGUUCAUACUCCAUCUGAUCCACUUCAUCAUGCCAUCACUGCUUCCCGAGUCCGAUAACUACUGGCGCUCAGAUGCUCGUUAUACGUUCGAGAAAAUGGUAUCCAAAGGAAGUGUGGUGGCCCCUAUGCGGUUACAGGAGCUUGAACAACUGGAGCGAACGCUGUCUUCUUUGCCGGUGCAAAAUACUCCACCCCUGGGUGCUCUCGACGCUGAUGUGAGAGUUGACGCACCCGAUUACAGCGAUGCCGCUAUGCAUGAAGGCUCUGUCGAUGAUGCUGCGGGAUGGGACUUCUUCGUAAGUGACUGCCUGGGAGGUUUGUCGUCCCGCGAUAUGAGAGACCUAGCCGACCAAUUAGAUAUGGAUCGUGUGGAUUCCGUCCAAUAA